AUGGGUCUGCGUUGCUCAUGCUUGGACCAUCCGCAUAAAUAUCAGCGACGGCAGUCUGAUGAUCUUGACAUGGAACGAAGCAACGACGAUAGCGACGAAGAGCUGUCGGUAUUGGUAGAGGAGCAGGAAGGUCAUGAACUUCUACAUGUAGGAUCUAGAUUAAGUUUAAAUGUUUGGAAUAGUUCAAGAGCGCGAUCGAAGCGAUGUGGAUCGAUUGCUGGUACUGAAAAUGUAGCAGAAUUAGACACGUCAGACGACGUAGACGAGGAGAAGCACGUGCCUCGAAGUCUCAUUUCAAGGCUAAUUGGACGAGGCAUUAAUGAUCUAAUAACACCACUCUCACCUUCAUCGGAAGAGCUAUCGAGGCUGCUUCGUUCUUAUCAGGAAAUCACUGGAGUAGUCGAUGAAGGUCAGCUUGACCUUGAAUGCAUUAUGUGCUUGGAUACAUUUUCUGAAAACAAUCCAAAGGUCCGCACAUUGUGUAAUUGCGGUAUCAAUCGCACGAAUUUUCAUAUGAGCUGCUUGCUCGAGUGGAUCAAUCGCGACGCAAAUUGUCCAGUUUGUCGCGAGUAUCUCUACUUCGAAGAUUUGUGA